CGAUUCUCUCUGCUGAUAUCGGCCGAGUGAAACGCGCCAAGAGGCAAGUCUCACCAGAUCCACGCAAUAAGUGCGAUAUGAGAAAAUAUAAAUUUUGUCUCUUGCAGUUAAAUAUUUUGUGUUCUUCAAUUUUUGCUCUUUUUCUCUAAAAUAUUGAAGUAUAUAUUUCGCUUCGUUUUUAAUUUCGACUUGCGUCGAUUGGAAAGGCUGUUGGUUAAAAGAAUUAAAAGUGGCGUUAACCUAAUCUGGCAACCGGUCGAGACUGCCGAGGGAGUGGAAUGUAGAAAUUCGACGACUGGCAUCAGUAUCUCCAGCGGGAUAAGAUAAGAUCGCGCAAAAAUGACGCAGUCCACGCAAAUGAUAGAGGAACUCGACGAUUGUUUCGUGAGAACGGCGGGGAACAUCGUAAAAUACUACGACAACGAGGAAGAGAGGCAGCAGAUACUGAAGCACCUAAGAGAUGCCCUGAUGAACAAUUGUAAGGAAUCUGCGAAAAUAAAGGCGGCGAGUGACAUCAGGGAGCAGAUGGAACGUGUGUUCGAGGCUGAUCCAGAGAAAAACACGAAAGACAUCUCAAAUGAAUACAGCAAGGCUAUAUCCGAGAUCCAAGUUGAUCCGUCGAAAGACAACAGAAUGUUGGAGUAUGAUCGUCAGAUCGAAGGUCUGCUUCAAGCCAACGAAGCUGCAUCGAGUAACGGACUGGAUGACACGGACGCUGAUCUGGCACUGACAGGUAGAGAAGUAAAUGUGAUCGAUCCGAUCUCGAAGACGAGAAUGACAGAUCCUGUGAAAAAUACAGUCUGCGGUCACGUGUACGAUAGGGAGAGCCUCGUCGCGAUGCUGCAAAAGAACAAAAAUACUAGAUGUCCCGUGGUGGGUUGCAGCAGCAAGGAUUACAUAAUCCUAAGUCAAUGUCGCACCGACAUCGUGACAAAAAUGUACCUGGAGAACAAUCCUGCUUAGAUUGUGGGAAGGAAAAAA